AUGCCGCGGUGCCUGCGAUACAACGACGAUGCCACGGUGCCAGCGAUGCCCGCGGUACCUGCGAUACAACGACGAUGCCGCGGUGCCAGCGAUACAGCUACGAUGCCGCGGUGCCUACGAUACAACGACGAUGCCGCGGUGCUAGCGAUACAGCCACAAUGCCGCGGUGCCUACGAUACAACGACGAUGCCGCAGUGCCAGCGAUACAGCCACGAUGCCACGGUGCCUGCGAUACAACGACGAUGCCACGGUGCCAGCGAUGCCCGCGGUGCCUGCGAUACAACGACGAUGCCGCGGUGCCAGCGAUACAGCCACGAUGCCGCGGUGCCUGCGAUACAACGACGAUGCCGCGGUGCUAGCGAUACAGCCACAAUGCCGCGGUGCCAGCGAUACAGCCACGAUGCCGCGGUGCCAGCGAUACAGCCACGAUGCCGCGGUGCUAGCGAUGCCCGCGGUGCCUGCGAUACAGCCACAAUGCCGCGGUGCCAGCGAUGCCCGCGGUGCCUACGAUACAACGACGAUGCCGCGGUGCCAGCGAUGCCCGCGGUGCCUGCGAUACAACGACGAUGCCGCGGUGCCAGCGAUACAGCCACAAUGCCACGGUGCCAGCGAUACAGCCACGAUGCCACGGUGCCAGCGAUACAGCCACGAUGCCGCGAUGCUAGCGAUGCCCGCGAUGCCCGCGAUGCCCGCGAUGCCCGCGGUGCCAGCGAUACAGUCAUGAUGCCGCGGUGCCAGUGA